AUGAGCUCAACACUUCACAAGUGCACCAAUGCCACCUUCACUCCCACCAGGACUACCAUUCACUUUUCCAUCACAGAUAAAGUCGGUGCCCUUGAUGAAUGCCUUGCUGCUAUCAAGGCUAUGAAUAUUUCGCUUACUCGGAUUGAAUCGCGUCCAAGCAGGACAUCCGAAUGGGACUACGACUUCUUUGUUGAUUUUGACGCUACAGGCGCUGAGCAAGUAGCUGAAGUAUCAAAGUCGCUCGAAAACCUUGCUAAACAAGUCCAUACCGUGGGCACAGGAGGUGAACUAUCUGAAUCGACACCAUGGUUCCCUCGCAAGAUGGUUGACUUAGAUACCUUCGCAGACAAGGUUCUCGAAAUGGGAGAAGAACUAGAAGCCGACCAUCCUGGUGCAAAGGAUGCAGCCUAUCGUGCUCGCCGUUCAGAAAUUACAAAAAUCGCAAAGAUUUAUAGGACUGGCCAACCUAUCCCACACGUCGAGUAUACACAGAUUGAGAUCGAUACCUGGUCCACUGUCUUCAACAAGUUAAUCACCAUGUUCCCAACUCAUGCCUGCCGUGAACACCAAUACGUGUUUCCUUUGCUAAUCCAGAAUUGUGGCUAUGGGCCUUCCAAUAUUCCUCAGCUCGACGCAGUCUCCAAGUUUCUAAAGGAUUGCACUGGUUUUACGCUGCGGCCAGUGAUGGGCUUGCUGACCAGUCGCGAUUUCUUAAACGGGCUUGCGUUCAGAGCCUUCCAUUCCACUCAAUACAUUCGUCAUUACUCCAAACCUCUCUAUACUCCAGAACCCGAUGUCUGCCAUGAGUUGCUAGGACAUGUGCCCCUGUUUGCCAACCCAGACUUUGCAGAUUUCUCACAAGAAAUAGGAUUAGCAUCCUUAGGCGCAAGUGACUCUGACAUUGAGCAACUAGCCACCAUUUACUGGUUCACAGUCGAAUUUGGUAUUUGUCGUCAGGGAGAUCAGCUUCGAGCCUAUGGUGCUGGUCUGCUUUCUUCAUAUGGAGAGCUAGAAUAUUGUUUGAGUGGUAAACCCGAGAUUCGGCCAUUUGAGCCUGCCAAGGUUGCAAAGCAAAAGUAUCCAAUUACAGAGUACCAGCCAGUAUAUUUUGUUGCGGAGUCGUUCAAAGAUGCACAAAUGAAGGUUCGGGAAUUUGCAAGCUCGCUGAAGCGGCCUUUCUCGGUACGAUACAAUGCCUAUACUGAAAGUAUCGAGAUCCUGGACUCGAAGGACAGGGUUUUGCGAUAUGCUCAAUCGAUCAAAUCUGAUAUGCUGACUCUUGUGGAUGCUCUUGAGAAGCUAGCUUAA